AUGAGAACCGUCAUUUCAUUCUCCUACCGCUACUCGAUACUAAAGGGUAUUGUCCUUACCAUGCUAUUCUGGCCAGUCAUUGUCGCUGCAACUGGUAUCACUGCUAUAUGCUCGUUCGUAUUCAUUAACCGAUACCUGUCGUUCAAACGGCACAAGAAUACGGUUCCAUUUACUUUGGCAAUUUUACUGUUGAAUAUGUGGAUCCUGCUAUCGAUAACCUACCUCCUACCACUUGAUGUCUUUUACGCGGCAAAAACAUCGUCUUUUGAAGAGCCUGAUGGCACCAAUGCUUCUCAAACGCUACAUGAUAUGAAUUCCGUCAGCACAAACUCAAAGACCUUCAAUUUGUUAAGUGUUAGGGAUUUGAAGACAGACAAAAUGCCUGACGUGUCGAUUUUAUGGUACAUAAUCUACUGGCUCGAGUUUGCAAUCUGUUGGUUUGUUUUGCCCGUGCUGAUCUCUUACCUCGACUUGAAGUAUUUUUUCCCCACGCAAGGGGACGUUUCCCACAGAAGGUCGGUGUUCAACCGGGUGAAAAAGGCCAUUUUCACCAACGUAAAGUUCUAUGCACUUUGUGCGGUUGGAUUGCUCGCUGGUAUCGUCUACUUGGAAUUGGGCGCCAAACGUGGCCUGGCAGACCUGAAACCUUUGAUCAUUUCGCUAUCCCACCUAUAUUCACUCUCCUACACUCUGGUUCUGCUUGCAAUGGGUCUAAUACUUCUUCCUAAGAGCAUUCUACUGGAUGACGACAACGAAAAUAAACUUUUUGUGGAGUUGAGUAAAAGUAAUGAUGAGUCCAACGAUGCUAAAUUGGCCUUAACCGAGUAUGCCAGUAAGAUACUAUCGACGGCAGAGGUGAGAAAUGGCGAUGUGACACUCAGUCAAGCUUUGAAUGAAUGUAAACUGGAGGUGCAGUCCUUAGUCAAUGAGCACCAAAUUCAAUUGCCUGCUGUGAAUCGUGGCGAUCAGUCACCACCUAGCCUGAAAAAACUAAAUCAGCGUUUCAACGCGUUUAAAACAGAGUAUUACAACUACUUGUACUACCAAACUAAGUCUGAUCGCAUUAUUCACAACCUGGCACAAUCUCAAGUCGAGCCGAUCUCGUGGAUGCAGAAAAUUGGGAAAUGGGCUUUGGGGCUCAUGUGUUUGACGCUGUCAGCUCUGGUGAUGCUUUUGGAGUUGACACCCUCUCGCUUUGCACACGGAAAUCUUUUUGGAGGCGGAAGAUGGUUCAACUUUUUGCUUGAAAUUUCCAUUCUAGUUUACAAUACCUUGGCGUCCUUGUAUGCGAUGAGCUGCUUCAAGUUUGCUAAUCUACACCUGAUACCCAAUGGCCAAAGCAGUCCUCAAAAUGCGCUUUACUACUCACUAUACUCCAGCAGGCUUUUGCUGCCAUUGUGCUUCAACUUUAUUACCUUGAUCUCACAUACCGGCGGGAUCCAGGAAUCCAGCUUUGAAAGAGUGCUUUACCAAGAUUUGAAGCUGAUCCCACUAGUUGACAUACUUAACAGGUACUUGCCUGUCGUCUUCAUUAUUGCUGUGCCUCUUGGAUACUUCUUCAAUCUCAAGAACAAAGUUCUCAUCAAAGUUCUUGGUAGAGAGUAUUGCUACGAGUUAUUCGGCAUACUUGCUGAUCCUACGAAUCUCGAGAGCGACCUUGCCCAAGCGUCGCAUCCAGUAUCACCUGCCGCAAAUAGGUCGCGCUUGGACGAAGAUUAUGAGUAUUCGCUUCAGGACGGCAGAUUCUUGUUCGAGAGAGCAACAAACAAUCACCGCAUGCUGGAAAAUAAUACACCAUCUGAGCCACUAGCGUACCUUUGA